AUGACGGAUUCUGUCGUGUUGCAAUCCGCCGUUCGCGUGCCUACACCUCCCCCAGGCACGUCGUACUCUCCACAGCCCUCAGCCUUGCGAAAACGCUCUCCUCCAUCUCGGUCCCCUUCCCCUCGUCGCCGUCGAUCGCCACCUGGUGACUCUCUGAAGGAUGAUGGGGGUGCGCCACGUAUCGAUCCUGAGCGUGCGGUCGAAAGAGAGCGCCAGCUGGCCGAGCGCCUUCGUCAGCAUGAGAAGCAGGAAACUGCGCGGAAGCCUAUGACGGAGGAGGAGAAGCAAGCUGCCGCCAAAGCAGAGUAUGAUAAAUUGUUGAAUAUGCGAUCUGGGGGCACAUACAUACCACCAGCUCGAUUGCGCGCACUGCAGGCGCAGAUCACGGAUAAAAACAGCAAAGAAUACCAGCGUAUGGCAUGGGAAGCUCUGAAGAAGUCCAUCAACGGUCUCAUCAACAAGGUCAACGUGUCCAACAUCAAGUUCAUCGUUCCCGAGCUAUUCGGAGAGAACCUGGUGCGUGGCCGAGGUUUGUUCUGCAGGAGCAUCAUGAAGGCGCAAGCGGCGAGUUUACCGUUUACCCCGAUCUACGCGGCGAUGGCGGCCAUUGUCAAUACGAAGUUGCCUCAGGUCGGCGAAUUGCUGCUCAAUAGGUUGAUUGUCCAAUUUCGAAAAGCUUUCAAGCGAAACGAUAAGGCCGUCUGCAUCUCAUCCACCACAUUCAUUGCGCAUCUGUGUAACCAGCAAGUCGCUCACGAGAUGCUUGCUGCACAGAUUCUCCUUCUUCUGCUACAUAAACCUACAGAUGAUAGUGUGGAGAUUGCCGUCGGUCUGACCCGGGAAGUUGGUCAGCACUUGGAAGAGAUGAGCGCGCCCAUUGCUUUGGCGGUGUUUGAUCAAUUCAGGAAUAUUCUGCACGAGGCCGACAUCGACAAGCGAGUUCAAUAUAUGAUCGAGGUCCUGUUCCAGGUUCGUAAAGAUAGAUACAAGGACAACCCGGCGAUCAAGGAGGAACUCGACCUAGUUGAGGAGGAAGAUCAGAUCACCCAUCGUAUCGGUCUCGAUGAUGAGAUUGAUACUCAAGAUGGUCUCAAUGUCUUCAAAUAUGAUCCUCAGUGGGAGGAGCACGAAGAGGCGUACAAGAAGCUCAAGGCCGAAAUUCUUGGCGAGGGUAGCGAUGAUGAAGAAGAUGAGGACGAAACCGACGAGAGUUCUGACGAGGAAGAGGAGGAGGCACGACAGAUGGAGAUCAAGGAUCAAAGCAAUACAGAUCUCGUCAAUCUCCGGCGAACAAUCUACUUGACUAUCAUGUCCAGUAUCGACUUCGAAGAAUGUUGCCACAAACUCAUGAAGAUCUCGUUGCCGCCUGGCCUGGAGCCAGAACUCCCCUCGAUGAUCAUCGAAUGUUGUUCCCAGGAGCGAACGUACUCGAAAUUCUACGGCUUGAUUGGAGAGCGAUUUGCGAAGAUCAACCGUUUAUGGUCUGAUCUCUUCGAAGCCGCCUUCGCCAAGUAUUACGACACAAUCCAUCGAUACGAAACCAAUCGUCUGCGCAAUAUAGCCCGUUUCUUUGGCCAUAUGCUGAGCACAGACGCCAUUGGCUGGCAUGUCAUGUCUGUCAUUCACCUCAAUGAAGAUGAGACGACCUCUAGCAGCCGUAUCUUCAUCAAGAUUCUGUUCCAAGAUCUAGGGGAACAUCUUGGCCUUGCGAAGUUGCAGGAGCGCAUGAGGGAUGAAGUUCUGCGGCCCAGCUUCGAAGGACUCUUCCCUCUGGACAACCCUCGCAACACUCGCUUUUCAAUCAAUUACUUUACAAGUAUCGGCUUCGCUCACAUUCUACCUGCUCGACAUGCACUGGAUCCUCUCGCUCUCGCUCACGAUCAUAUUCGUAUUCACGGUCUCCUUCGCGAAGUCGCGGCCGGCGUCGUUCCGUUAGCCGCGGAAGGUCGUACUCGAGAUCCGUGUCUGGAUCUUCGCGAGGAAGAAGUUAUACCCCAAGCCACAGUCGAUCGAGAUCUCCAGUUCCAAAGUCUCGUCGGCGCUCAGUGUCCUAUAGUCGUUCACGCUCGCCAGCUGGCCGAAGAAGGUCGUCAGUCUCUCGCACACCACCUAGGCGUGUCCGUGGCAAAUCCUAUGACUCUCGCUCUCCCUCGCGAUCCGUUUCGCCGCCAAGAAGACGAACCUCUUACAGCCGGAGAGACAGAUCUUAUUCCCGGUCACCGUCACGCUCUGUUACCCCACCUCCCCGAGCUCCGGAUGCAAGGGCGCGUGGUAGACGCUACUCCUCGCAGUCUCUUUCUCCUCCCCGUCGACGUGCCGAGAGAAGUGUAUCUCCUCAACGUCCUCCUCCUGGUCGCCGUGCCCGUGGCGAUUCUCCGUCACGAUCACCAAGUCCCCCGCCGCGGUAUGCACGUGAACAGAGACGCAGAAGGAACUCGAGCUCUGUCUCGGCAUCUCGCUCGCCUCCACCUCGCGACUCCAACAGGCGCAGGUCUCUAUCUAGGACUUCGCCUCGUCGGGGCCGCGCCUCCGACUAUUUGUAACAAGAGAAAAGCUCAUUGA